UGGUAUCUACUCCACACCUACUGACAAUCCUCUUGCGCAAAGACGCACAACAUACUAUAUAGUCGCACGGACUGCACCGCGCUCGCUCUCAGGCUCCUGCUCCUCUCUGUAUCCGGCUCCACACACUCCGAUCUGCCGUCAUGUUCCGCUGUGGGAUCGCAUAUCCUCGAUGCAGGUGGAUCGUGCCCCUGCUGCUGCUCUUCGCCAUUAUUUUUGACAUUAUCGCCAUCGCCGCCACCUCCGGAUGGGUCGAGGACGAGGGCGCCAAGUCUCACUACGCCAGUAUGUGGGACCAGUGCCGAGGCAGGAAUAACAACUGGGAAUGCAAGUCGCUCAUGGAGAACUCUUGGGCCCAGGCAGUCGCUGCUCUCAUGAUCAUUGGCCUCAUCAUCCUCAUCAUCGCCUUCAUCGUCUCCUGUGUGGCUCUGUGCUGCUCCCUCAACCUCACUCUCCUGCCUGUCAUAGGAAUAAUGCUGAUCGUUGUCGUGAUUCUCCAGUUCAUUGCUCUGAUCAUCUACCCCGUCAAAUUCAACGAGCUGAUCUUCGAGGGCAAGUACAACUACACCUGGGCCUACGGCUUCGGCUGGGGCGCCACCAUCCUCUGCAUCGGCUGCGCCAUCCUUUUCUGCUGCCUGCCACGCUACGAGGAUGAGCUGACCGGCCUGGCCAAGACCAAAUACAUCUACUCCUCUGCUUAAAGACUAAACCUGCACACACACACACACACACACACACACACACACACACACACACGCGCGAUUACAGACAUUUCCACUUUCCACUCUGAGCUCGAUCUGUGCCGGCCAUUGAACAUUUUUACAUGGUUCCAUUUCACCAAAGACCCACGAUGGCUCAGUUCAGUCAGAUUUGGUUCAGUAGUGGGAAAAAAAACCUCCUCCGUUAACCACCCAGGAGCAAAGUCAGAAGCAAGGGGUUAUUGCUACAGGAAGUGGACUGUGAUUGGAUGUCGCAUCUGCUUUAAUGUACAGACCUCUAUUUUAGAUUAAGUCAGCUUCAUAAAAAAGCGUUGUUUUUCACAUUCUGCAUUUGAGUGAAACAUAUUCCUCGUUUUAUCUGUACUUUUUACCAGUAACUCUCAAUGCAACAUCACCCAAGUGCACUUAACCGAAGGGACGUAAUUAUGUGUAAAGCAUAGCUUUAGCCUGGUUUAUUUUAGAUCUCCUUAAACCUUGGAAAAAGAGCAAUUUGAACUAAAUUUGCACAGGAUGCAAAAGGAAUCGUUGAUCAUCAUUUGGUUUUGUCCCAUGUGUUAUAAUUAUUUUAUCUGACUUCCUCAGUGUGUAUUUUAUUCUGUAUGUGGUUGUGCGUAAGGUAAGAAAGAAGCAAAGGCAUGGAAGAUGAAUGUAAUCAAUACAUGUGGAAAUGUAGUCUAAGAGUUGUGUAUGAACCAUGUUUAUGCAUUUUUUGGGUCAUUCUUAUCUGCUGUUUGUCACCAGAGUUUUGUAUUCUUAUUUAGUUAUUACCAAAGGGGUAAGACGGUGGGAGUUUGCUGUGCUGUCAUUGUAUCUGAACACUACACUCAAAGAAAUUAUGUUGUCUUUUGUCAGAUUUAUAUACCUCAAUUUCGAGGGGUUAGAAACAAAGGGGUGUAUGUGACCUUUUUGGCAAAUAUGAGUUAUAUAUACGCUAUAUAUCAAAUUAAUGCUCUUGAUGAGCUCUUUCCGUGCUGCCAAAAGAUUAUUUGUAAGUUCUAAACCAAUCAAGAAUGAUUAUUAUUAAUAAAAAUAAAAGACUUAAAACUGAACACAAUCAACCAUUUGGAGUAAAAAAGUGUGUAAAUUAAAGAUUAAAAUUAAUGAAUAAAACCAGGACAAAGUAUGUUGAUUUUUUGUUUUGGCUAUCUUGCAAAGUCCGUCACUUUCGCUCGUCUGGUUCUCACCCCUAAAUUUUCCAUCCAGCUGAGUCAAGUGAUCCUAACAUAUACCAAAAAUUACCAUUUAUAUGAUUAAAUCAAGUAAAACUGAGAUGAACACACUAUGAUAGUUUAUGUAACCAUAGCUCAUAAAGUUAACCUUAUUCACUUUAAUAAAGUUUAUGUAAUUACUGGUAAAUUCCAUGUAUUUCAACUAUCUUAAUUCACAUGCUUGAAUCUAUAUAUUUGAAAUACACAGAAUUUAUUAACAAUAAUCACAUAAACUUUUUUAAAGUAAAUUAGGUCAAUUCUGUGAACUGUGGUUCCAUAAAUCCUCAUAUAAUUUAUCUCAGUUUAAUUUAAUUUAAUUUUAUAAAUGGUACUUUUUAGGUUUGUUAGAACUGCUUGACUCAACUGAAUGGCAAUUUUAUAUGUAAUUGAAAUAUGUAAACCUGACAAAUUAGACCAAAUAAUUACUUUGAGUGUAUCACACUUGUUGAAUAGACUGCUUGUGAUGGUUUAUUGACUUAGCUGCUUUUCUGUCACUCUGAACUGGAAGCAAAUUUAAGUGAGUUUCCAUUUAGCUUGAUAAUUAAUUCAUUACAUUCUGCUUCGAGUGCUUUCUUUUCCAUUUUGGUCCAUUUUUUUUAUUGAUAAUAUUCCCUUCCAGAGAACAGUUAUUUUAAUCAUUCUUUGUGGAAAUUGUUCCCUAAUUUUUUUAAACUCAUGUGAGCUGCCUUGUUUAAUAAUGACCUCAUGUCAUUUUGGUUUAAAGGGAACAACUCAGAAACUGGUUGUGUGUUUUUCACGUUUUGUUGCCUCAAAUACAUGAAUCUAGAGAUCGAGACAGUAUAUGUAGAGAGAAGAGAUUCCUUGAAAGAUAAGAGUCACAGACGGAUGACCAAUCAUGUAUUUUCUGAACGCCUUCGUAAGUUUUGAUAAUGACCAUCUGCUGGUUUGAUGAAGUACUGAGACCGAAGUGUACAAUCUUCUGACAUACUGUGUGUAAAACUUGUGCCUUAGCUUCUUCAGUGUUGUGUAGUUGAAUGUCCAAUCAAACUGGUCAGCCUGGUUUUAUUGACUCACAAUUAAUCCCAGUCCACAGUCGCAGUUCUGUUCAUGCCAAAUUCGUGCCCAAACAAGACAUGAAAGUGUUCUGAGGAAAGAUCAUGUGGCUGUUAAAUGAAAGGAGAGACAUGAUUAAUCUUUGAUCAAAUCCACAACUCAUGAUUUUAUCAUCCUAUUUGGAGUCUUUCAAGUUGUUUAUGCAGCAAAAUUCUGCGCAAACAACUUUGUAAUUUGGUAGAGACUGAGAAUGAGGACAGAUUCAGGCAGAUUUAGGUUUGAAGAAACUUCCUGCAUGUCUCGAUGGUGAGGUAGAAAACGUGCUUUUACUUAUGCGCAUGAAUCUCUCUUAACGCCAGCAUUUUUGGACAUUAUAAGUCACUACAUGAGUAUAUAAUGUAUUAUAUAGAGAAUGUCUUCUUAACAUUCACUUCUGGAAACCACCCAGCUGUAAUUCUGCUGUAGUAUGAAUUGGUUAUUUUUGGUAGUCUGUGUAUUUUUAUGCAAUAAAAAGUUUUAUUGAAGCGA